ACCAAAUAGUCGUCCUUGAAAAAUUUGAAAAAAAAGAAAAAACGAAAUUUUCAUAGCAACAACAGUAGAGAAGGAAUUUUGCCCUACAAGCUCGCUAGUUUAUUCUGUUCCCCGCCUUCCUCUCUCUGCCACUUCUGUCUUUGCUCUCUAUUUCGGCGCCGACCACAAGACAUAGUCUUUGUGCAAAAGCUGUGUUUCUAUGGAAGAUGGUCUUUGACUAUUUUGUUUAAUAUGGAUUCCAUGCUCUGAACCCUAGUCCUCUUUUGUGUGUCGAACCCACAAAAUAUUCUGGGUCUCUCUGCAAACACCAUGGGUAGUAUGGAGGAACGAAAAGAACCGGUUUUGCCAUCAAACUCAAAUCCCAAAGAGUCGACUUUCUGUGAAGAGUGCAAAUCCAACCCAUCAAAGUAUAAAUGCCCAGGUUGUUCCAUACGCUCUUGCAGUCUUCAAUGCGUCAAAGCUCACAAGCAACGCACCGGUUGUACGGGCAAAAGGAACCAGACCCAGUUCGUCCCACUUUCUCAGUUCGAUGAUAAGCAGCUCCUCUCUGACUAUAAUAUGCUUGAGGAAGUGAAGAGAGUUGCUGAAUCUGCUCAGAGAAUGAGAUAUAACUUGUGCAGAUAUAAUUAUUUUAGGUUACCCUAUCAUCUCAGAAGCCUUCGGAAUGCUGCCUCAAGUAGGAGGACAAAACUCCUAUUUCUUCCAAGUGGAAUGUCAAAAAGGGAGAAAAAUCAAACUCGAUAUGAUCAAAGGAAGAAAUCCAUCUACUGGACAAUUGAGUGGCAAUUUCAUUCCGCAGAUGUUGUGCUACUUGACCAUGGAGUAAAUGAAAACAUGAACCUCUGCUCUGCUAUUGGCAACCAUCUAAAACCUGGCCCUUGGAAUCACCCGCUAAGGAAAUUCUGCGAGGAGCAGCUGGAUCAUCUCAAAUUUUUCAUUUGUAAAUACCCAAAGGGUUCCAAGUCACCUUUCUAUGAGUUAGACAGUACAAUUCCAAUACGGCAGCAGUUUGCAAAUUUAGUUAUUUUGGAGUACCCUGUUAUAUAUGUUUUUCUCCCUUCGCAGAGUUGUGAUUUUGAAGUCAUUAGAGAUGCCAAUCCCAUUAUUCGUAAACCCCAUCUUAGAAAUUCUAAAAGCAAUGAUCAUUUGACCAAAGAAGGUACUGCUUUUAAGGAGGAGGAAAUAGAAGACAACAGCUCUUUGGAACCAAAAGUGUUUGAUUUCAUGAAAUAUGGAAAUCCAGAUUCCCUGCAUCAAUUCCCCCAUCAGGGUAGUUCUGAGAAAUUGUUAAGUAACUUGUCAGAUAGAGCUUCAUCUGCCAAGGAGGUAGCAGGAAAUAGUCCACAGUCUAGCUUGAAGACCAAGGAACAAGGACUUUUCGAAGAUAUGGAGUUUGAUUUUGAUCAAGGCUUGAUAGAUGUGUAUUCGGAUCUCAUUUCACAAAUAAAUCCAGAUGAUUUCCUUGAUUUGGAAGGCGAAUUUUCUAAGGAAGAAGAGGUGGAAGGGAAAAAAAAUCCUUCUUAUCUAAUGGAAGACUUCCCAGCAGACAAUGACUUGGAGGAAGGUGAGAUUCUAGAAUAAAUGAUAUUCAUGGAAUUCCCCAAGAAGAAUUAAGAGGAGUUUGAGCAGGGCUGGACCAACUUUGCUUGUGGCUUCAUGUGAGAAAAAAAAAAAAAAAGUAGUCCUUUUAAUUAAAUAGUAUUUUUUUAAUAUUUAAUAUAUGUUUACAUUAUACUUUUUUUUUUUUUUUUUUCUCCCUUUGUUUCGAAUGUAGUGAGAUGUUUGGCUCAAAGUGGCCCUUCUUGUUUCGACCCUUUUUUUCAAAUGAAUUUUGAAUAUAAUUAUUUUUUCAUGAAA